AUGGAAGAAAUACAGAAGUUACAAACACCUUCUGGUUUACUGAAAAUCACAGAGCUGAGAGAGAGCGACUCAGCUGAGUAUAAGUUCAGAUUCAUAACAAACGAUCCAGGAGGGAAAUAUUCUGGUGUACCUGGAGUCACUUUGACUGUCACAGAUCUGCAGGUGCAGGUGAGCAGAUCAGCUGUCAGAGGUGUUUCUAAGUCAGCAGAUCUGAAGUGUGAGAGCAGUUGUCCUCUGCCUGAUAAUCUCUUCUACAUCUGGUACAAGAAUGAACAGAUCAUCACAGGACAAACAUCUAAUCUUCAUCUAAACUACUGGGAUCCUACAAACAGGAUUUCCUGUGCUGUCAGAGGAUAUGAGAACUUCCGCUCUCCUUCAGUGGUGGUGAAGGAUGUCUGGGAUGUGACUUACACACCUACUCAGGUCUGUGCCUUCAAAGGAUCAACAGCAGAAAUACGCUGCACAUUCAGAUACCCAUCAACUAUAGAUGGAAGAAAUACAGAAGUUACAAACACCUUCUGGUUUACUGAAGUCGGAGAUAAUGAACCUGUGGAUCUGACAACACAGUCAGAGUACAGAAGUCGUGUUCAGUAUCAGUGUGAAAACAACGACUGCACUCUGAGAAUCACAGACCUGAGAGAGAGCGACUCAGCUGAGUACAAGUUCAGAUUCAUAACAAACGAUCCAGGAGGGAAAUAUUCUGGUGUACCUGGAGUCACUUUGACUGUCACAGAUUCACAGCUCCAGGUACAUGUGAGGAGAUCAACAGUAAACUCUUAUUCUGACUGGACAGAGCUGACAUGUCACCACAACUGUCAGCUACCUGAUCAAUCUUCCUACAUCUGGUACAGAAAUGGACACAAACUUUCAUCAGAAAAACAAUAUUUACACCUGAACACAUUUGAUUCUACAGACACUUUUCACUGUGCUGUGAAAGGAAAUGAGCAAUUCCAUUCUCCAACAGUGUAUGCUCCAAAGCUUCCCUCUGUGUCAGUGAGUCCCUCUGCUGAGAUAGUGGAGGGCAGUUCAGUGACUCUGACCUGUAGCAGUGAUGCUAACCCAGCAGCUAGUUACACCUGGUACAAGGAGGAUGUCAUCAAUCCUCUCAGUUACCAAAACCAACAUGUUUUCAGCUCCAUCCUGCCCUCUGACUCUGGAAAGUAUUACUGUACAGCUGAUAAUAACCUGGGACAAAAGAGAUCUGAAAGCAGAACUAUUGAUGUGAAAUAUGCUCCAAAGCUUCCCUCUGUGUCAGUGAGUCCCUCUGCUGAGAUAGUGGAGGGCAGUUCAGUGACUCUGACGUGUAGCAGUGAUGCUAACCCAGCAGCUACUUACACCUGGUAUAAGGACAACAAAGUACUGUCAGCAGGACAGCAGAAUGUUUAUCACUUUAUCUCCAUCAAAUUGGAGAACAGCGGGAAUUAUUCCUGCAAGUCUGAAAAUCAGUAUGGACAGAAGAACUCUACGUCUCUAUCCAUAGAUGUUCAAUAUCCUCCAAAGCUUCCCUCUGUGUCAGUGAGUCCCUCUGCUGAGAUAGUGGAGGGCAGUUCAGUGACUCUGACCUGUAGCAGUGAUGCUAACCCAGCAGCUACUUACACCUGGUAUAAGGACAACAAAGUACUGUCAGCAGGACAACAGAAUGUUUAUCACUUUAUCUCCAUCAAAUUGGAGAACAGCGGGAAUUAUUCCUGCAAGUCUGAAAAUCAGUACGGACAGAAGAACUCUACGUCUCUAUCCAUAGAUGUUCAAUAUGCUCCAAAGCUUCCCUCUGUGUCAGGGAGUCCCUCUGGUGAAAUCAAGGAGGGCAGUUCAGUCACUCUGACCUGUAGCAGUGAUGCUAACCCAGCAGCUAAUUACACCUGGUACAAGGAGGAUGAAGACUCAGCAAAAGCAUCAGGACACAACUUCACCAUCAGCAACAUCAGACCUGAACACAGUGGGAGUUAUUACUGUGUGGCCCACAACAGCAGAGGACGUCAUAAUGUCACCAUACAGCUGACUGUCAGGGAAGAUUUCCCACUGGCGGCAAAACUAGCUGUCACUGGAAUAACUCUUGUGGUUUUCCUAGUUAUUAUAUGCCUCUUGGUCUUUUUCCUGCUUACAAAAAAGAAGCCCUCGGCAUUAUUUCCUGUGCCUGGAAACAGACAGGACAACAAUGACAAGGUUUCCUGCACAUCUCCAAGUCAGCACACAGGGAAGACAGAGUCUCCACCCAGUCACUCAGAGGAAGAUGAAGAGCUUAACUAUGCUAGUGUCCGAUUCUCAACGAACCAGACUGAUCCCAUUUAUUACAACAUCCGAUCAGCUGGAUCCCGCAGACAAAAGGUGAAGGAGGAGGAUGAGCAUGUAGAGUACGCUGCAGUCAACUUCAGUUCUGCCCCGAGAACUGUACACCAGGAAAGUGAGGAGGAUCCGUCUGAAUUUUACAGCACAGUCAAGAAAAUCUGGUAAAAAUAAAAGGAAGCCGAACUGUGGACCCUUCUGUCAGUUGCUAAUAGAGCUACUGGACAAUAGAUAUUAUUCUACAAGGUAAGGCGUUCAUUGUCCCCUGAGGGUAAACGCUGUGGACUUGAUUGUCCGAUUUCAUCUGAAGUUUUGUGCUACACUUCUAGUUUUAACUUCAACUGAUAUUACUUCAAAAGAGUUUCCAGAUGUUUGGGGAGUAAAGGUUAUUUUGUCAUUUUCUGUUGAAACUACUUGUUCAACACGGGAAAAAACAACAAGUCCAUUCAAGAUUUUUCAGGUUCAUAAAGUUUGGUACAAAUAUUCAGGUUAUCUAUUGCUAUCUAUUGCCAAAAUUUAGUGCAAACCUUCAUGUCCACCUUCUGAUUCACCAUCACGCAAAAAAUUCGUCUCACACAUUUGUUGGAAGUCAUGUAUACUUGACUAAAAUGUAUAUUUCUUUUAGUUUCAUGAGAUUUAGGAAAUGUUUUUGCACUGCAGCACUGUAUGUAAUAGCUAAUACAUGGUAAACUUGUAUUUAUUACUAUUAUUAAUAUUAUUGUUGUUGUAAUACAUCAGUAUGCCGAGUUAAAGAACACUGAGUUAUUGGAAAAGAACAUGCGUCCUGUUUCCACUCCAUAGUAGUACAGAAUAAUAUUUAGCACAUUUUCCACGAUUCACUUUAGUUCUGUAUGUUUUAUAUUUUGUCUGCAUCAUUCCUGCUCUCAGUUGUUUAAUUGUAAUUUGCUUAAAGUAAAACCAUCAUUAUUUAAAAGAACUCUUCUGUUUCCUGUUGUUAACGCUGA